AUGACAGGUGAUCCAGGAAUCGAAGACGACCGGAACGCAAUCCAGUGCGCAGACAGCCCACGCGCUCACAACCAGCAAAUUGCAGCCGCUAUUAGGGCAGAGGCUCAUGGACUUGCCCUCGUACAGAUGGAGAGCAAUCGGUCUGAUUUCUCUAUAGGUUCUGUGUUUUGGGCCAAAGUCGGCACUUAUCCGUGGUGGCCUUGUAUGAUAUAUAACAGUCCUGAUGGAAGUGGCUACAUCAAACACCUAAAAACCACAACUAAAUAUCAUGUUCAGUUUUUCGGGCCGACUGUGGAACGUGCGUGGAUCAGUGACGCUAAUCUCAUUCCAUAUGAUUCAGAUUGCAACUUGGGAGCUCAAUUAGAAAAACUCCAGAAAUCACAAGGACCUAAGUACGAAUUGAGAGUUCCUAAUACUCAAAGAAGCAGGUGGGAAGAGUCCUGUAAGGAGGCUAAUGCUGCUUGUCAGCUUUCCCUAGAAGAGAGGAUUCAGUUUUUUGGUCGAAUCGCCCCUGCAUCUAGGCCUUCCUUAGCUGCACCUGAACUGGAAGCCAUGUUGCUAAAAAAUGUGGAGAGAAUUCCACUUACAAUCGAGGAGGAGGCUGAAUCGCUUAACACAUUUGUUAAAACAGAGAAGGCUCGUUGCUUGGAGAUAAAUCCCGGUAUUGAUGAGACUGAACUUGAUAGAGUACUUCGCAUUCAAUGGUCUGGCUUCGACUUUGCCACACAGCGCUCGUAUUUGUCUAGAAAAUUAGCAAUAUUUGGUUUGGAGUCCGCAGCAGAUGUGGAUGAAGAAAUGAGGGAACGCGCAACUGCGCGAAGAGCCAGUGUAUCGGGCUCCGUUACUUCAACCGCUAAGAAAUCAGUCUCGUCAGUUGGAUCGAAAGCUGAGAGAUCUAGGCGACAGGUAGACGAUGGUAGAUCAAGAGUGGACGCGGAAAUUCUACGGUUAAUCGCUUCUCCAGGACCGUAUCGCUUCCAACCGGUCUGUUUUGUGUGCAUGGAAACAACAAAUGAUCGUUCCGUGCUGCUAAAGUGCAAGGGUGCCUGUGGUCGCUAUUGGCAUCCUGGUUGCUUGCCGGAGUCGAUCACAUUGGACAGGGAAAUUGUAAAUCCGACUAAGUUUAUGUGUUACGACUGUCAGAAGAAGACCUACCCUUGUAAUGUCUGUGGCGUAGCUAAAGAAAAUGACGCUACUAACGAAAUGUAUAGCUGCCAGGUAGGUUUUAACAUUCAGUUCAGUAUAAUAGCGCUCUCCCAGAUGCGGGACUGUGGCAAAUGGUAUCAUCGUCAUUGCCUCGAAUCUCAGCCUGGUGUUAUAUUCGAAGAUGGGCUUGUACGAUGUCCAUCUCACGUUUGCGCUACAUGCUGUUUGGAGAAUCCCAGGACGCCUUGUGCUGUGGGCCGAAAUAUGAUUCAGUGCUUUUCGUAUGCCAGAUUUUGCAUGAUAUUAUUUUUUAAAUGCAGUGAAUUGGCGAUAGGUCCCCUCUAUUUAUUAGCAUUGGUAACUCGCAUUGAUAGCAGUAUUUUUUGCUUCCUUGGACCUACUCUUCGUCAGGUUAACUGCGAAUUUUGUCCAACCUCCUAUCACCGCACCUGCCUAGGUGACACUGCUUCAGAGCAGACGAUCAAAGGAAACACCUUCAGAUGUAACAACUGCAAACGGGGCGUUCAACCAAGGUAUGCGCAGGUGGUAUGGGUAAAGGUGCACGGUUGUCGCUGGUGGCCUUGUGAGAUCAUCCACAGUCGCAACGCUCCUUUGAAUAUUUAUAGUCUCAAACACUCUGACGGAGAGUUUGUCAUUCACUUUAUUGGAUCCAACGAAUAUGGCUGGGUACACCGGUGUCAAACCUUCCCCUUUGAGUGUGCCCUUGGCUCGUUGUUGGCUGCUGAGGUUUCGAACGCCGUUGCUCCAUUGGAUAAGGCUUUUGGUAGAGCUCUUUUCGAGGCUCCUCAGGUGCACCAACUCUACGUGAGCUAUCUUAGAAAACGAGGUCUCAGUUUGGUCUCUAUGGUGACAGAGGCACUGACAGAUGAACAAUUGAUACCCCUUUCUACACUUGACGCAGCAGCAGCAGUGGGGAUUCUCUCCCACACCGAGACCGAGGCCAAGGCGUUAGACGAGGCUAUGGCCAAAUUUGAGGGAAUCUCCUCAAACGUUUUUGCUUCGUCAAAUGAAGAGAUGCUGACGAAACAAGCUCUGCCCACUACACUGUGCGAAUGUGCGCGGAAGCUAGAAGAGGAAGAGCAACAGAGGCCAGACAGUGGGGAACGCGGGGAAGACGAGGUAAAGAGUCAUUGGAGAUGCUCUGUGGACGCCAGCUGUCGUAACAUUCUGGAAGGCAUUGAAUGCAGCCCUAAGGUCUGCAGCGUGAUGGCGCACAAUCCGUCAGGCAACUGCGGCAAUCUAAACUUUAGCAAUCCUUCUGUAGUUGCUCUGUUUCUUACAACGAACCGUGGGGUUGGGCUCAAAGUAGUGAAGCCUGUGGCAAAGAGCGCUUUGGUGAUUGAGUAUGUGGGUGAAGUGAUUAGUGUUGCGGAGGCGAACCGUCGACUGAACAGAGGCAUAGCAGCAUGCAAUGCAGCGGCAGCCACUGCGCACAACUCGGAACUGCUGCCUUCGACUCACCUUCUACACUUCACUUCUGACCUCGUUAUCGAUGCCAGUCGGGUGGGCAAUGAGGCACGCUUUGUAAACCACUCCUGCGAACCCAAUGCAACGUGUAGAGUCUGCAAUGUUGAUGGCACUCUUCGAUUAGGUCUCUUCGCUAUGAGGUGUCUGGAAGAGCAAGAGGAGGUGACGAUAGACUACCGAAAAGCCCAACUACUUGACUGCUACUUCAUGAAUUCGACCAAUGUUUGUGUUUGCGGUUCCGAAACGUGUGAUGGAUUUGUUAGGUUACCGCAUAAGUUUUUCCCCAACGAGAAGGUCCGGAAAAGCAGGCCUUCUACCACGUUGGCAGCGUCGAAAUCACAGCCACCAACGUCGGAUCGAUUGCUACGCAGUGGUCGACUUUCAGAGGUGCCACGAAGGCCGGAGACUAUGGGACCGCCACCACCACCGCGGCAUUCACUGACGGAGAGGUUGAUGCCACCACCAUCAGCACCUCCGAUGCCGAGUUCGGAGCCUGAUUUGCCUCUUAGAAGUCGCAGCGGUGGCGGCGGCAGCAGUAGCACCGUUCCACACCAUUUGCUUUCAGCUGCAGCCACAGAAAAACCGCCUCCAGUCACAGUCACACCUGCGACUCCAACGCAUUGUACACCUAAAGUUGUUGUAACUCAACGUUUGACACAGCCUCUCCACGAAGACUACUGCUUCCGAUGUGGUGACGGGGGAGAAAUGAUAGCUUGCAACAGAGCAUCAUGUCCCAGAGUGUAUCACCUUGGUUGCCUAGGCCUGAGUACACCUCCUAGAGGGGAUUGGCACUGCCCUUGGCACUUCUGCGAUGUCUGUGGCCAUCCGUCUCUGCAAAUGUGCUGUCGCUGCCCCAAUUCCUAUUGCCUGGAUCACUCUUCUACGAAGGACGGUAAGGAGCUCAUCCGCGUGCACGAACUAGAUGUGAGUCGGUGGCUCCGCACGCUAAAAGUGCUUGAGAAAUGCUCUUCCGACCCUGUUGAGAUGACCAGAAUGACCGCUGCGCUGAUUAUCCGUUGCCGGUGGGUCUGUCAUGUGCACAGUCAAGCAAGGACACGCCUUCGAGGCCCCGCAACCCCAUUGAAGGGGAAUGAGCUUGCCGAAACCACAGAACUCCCUGCUGGAAAUGAAUGCGUUGGUAGUGACGAUGAAGAGUUUAUUGCUAGUUGUGAUUCCUCUGACGAUAGUGAUGAUGAUAUUUAUAACGACUUUGAGACUGCGGAUAACGAGGAAGGUGUUACCGCCACCCUACAGGACGAAGUUAAUAACGUAUCUGGUAAUGAUGACGGGGAGGGUAAUACACGGAAUAUAUCUGAAGAAGUAGAACGAGAGAUGGAAGAUAACACCAAACGGGAUUUCGAUUCGCCGUACGGAGGGGUGGACGAAGCAUGA